AUGGUCCUGCGAGGGCCUGCGCGCGUUUCUGCCUUUUUGGGUGGCCUCUGCCUGUUCGGGGCCUGGCAGCGGGCAUGGGUGUUGCAGACGCCUCUUGCGAGAAAAGCCAUUCAGAGAAAGGCCACGUCGGGUCAAACGCUUCCAGCGUUGUCGGAGCUGGAGGAGUACACUGGGAAGGUGUACAAUGUCCGAUCAGAGACGGACAUGAAGAGCCUUGCGGAUCAUGUGGUGCGAGAGGCAGCGCAGGGCCUGGCAACCGACAGCUUGGGUGUGAAGGCAGCCAGCGUCAUCGUCAAAGCAUGCGCCACAGCCAUGACCUUGGACUUCGACGGCCAGAUUGUGGCCAUGGCUUUGGAUUGGGUCACGAAGAAGCCACAUGGGAGGGCGCUCCGCGAAGGUGCCAUGGAGGUGACCGCCCUGCGCACUCACUUUCAGCUCGUGGCGAACAGGCCCAUUCCUAAGCAAGUCCCUCUGCUGGUUGGCCGCAACACCAACGUCGGGCAGCUGGGCGGCGCCAUCUUGGGCCGCAUCCAACAAGCCGGGGAGGCCGUGAUCCACGUGGCCGGUCCCGAACGGACCAUGAGCGCCCUGCGCGCCGUCGUCGCGGCCGACCGGCUCUGGUCCGUGGACGAGCGGAACUCCGAGGCGAGUGGAGGAAGCCAUCGGAGCCGAGUCCUCGUGUCAGCGUCGUGGCAAAGCGAUGCUCCGGGCAAGGCCUACCUCAGGCCAGCCGUGCCCGUGGGUGCUGCAUGGGCCAAAGCGGCGACGUGCGACGAGCGCUUCAGGACGGACUUUCGUCGUUGGCAGAAGAAGUCUGUGCCGGCCGCAGGGUGCAGCCUCCUGAAGCACUUCGCAGUGAAGCGGAAGCACGAGGAGGAUGCCAAAAGCAAAGCGAGCGCAGCGAGCGCAGCGAGCGCAGCGAGCGUGAAUGGAAGUGAGGAGAAGGUCAAGGCAAAACAGUUGAAGUUUACCAAGCGGCUCCCAAAGGCCAAGGCGGCUUCCAAGGCUCCCCAGCCUUCGGUCAACCCUGGUGUCGCGACCCCACAGCGCGGAGGUGUGGCGCGGGAAGAGGUGCAAAGGGACGUGCAGGGCAUGUCCAGUCCUCCUUCAAAGGGCGUCCCGGCCGCCGAGGACGCGUAG